CAAAACUCAGCACUCAGCUCUCUUCUGUCUUCAUAAUACAUACUCGCAGUAAAAUAAUCACAUUAAUUUUGUGUCUCCAUUCUCAAUUAAACAGACCCUUUAAUUUUGUCGUUCAUUAUCAUUUUCCUGUUUUCAAAAUGUCCGACAACAUGGAUGAACAAGCAAGUCACAUGAACCAGCAAACCCAAGAAGAAGCAGAAUCCAAACCAGCAACCGUGUCCGAAAAGGAAACACCUCAGGCAGAAGAAUCAACGGAGAAAAAGGCAAUGAACAUUUCGUUCAGUAUUUGGCCACCAACACAACGCACUCGUGACGCGGUUACGAAUAGGCUAAUCGAAACCCUAUCAACGCCUUCUAUACUCUCCAAGCGGUACGGCACAUUUCCCCAUGAGGAGGCAUCGGAGACUGCUAAGGCUAUAGAAGAAGAGGCCUUCAAUGCUGCAGGAUCAUCUUCCUCUGGGGAUGAUGAUGACGGCGUUAAGAUCCUUCAGGAUUACUCUAAGCAGAUUAGUAAACGCAUGCUUGAUGUCGUUAAGUCCAGAUCUACUACUGCUGCUGCUGCUCAGGCUGACACCAAACCAUCAGAAAAUGAUCCCUCUGCUGCUGCUGCUGCUGAGGCUGAGACCAAACCAUCAGAAAAUGAGCCCUCUGCUGCUUCCCCUGAAAAUGAAUCUUGAAAUUUCCAUUUAGUGUUAUUUAUUCCCAUCUAGGUCUUGUUAAAUUUUGACUUUUCUUUAUGCUGUGUAUGGACUAUUUACAUCUUUUUGAUAUACUAUAAUAAAUGUUAGUAGAUCCUAGACAUUGUGAUUUA